AUGCUGCUCCAACAUCGUCUGUGGUUCUUCCCCCCGAUUUCUAGAAUCCCAUGUUUCGAAACACAAACUGCUGCCGUCGUCCCAGGAACUGCACCAUCCUGUACCCGUGCAACCCGCAGCAACACGCUCCUCUCAUCGCCUCACGGAACCACCAUCAAUCACCAUCAGUGCCAUCCAUUAGCAAACGCCAACGGCUUCACCAUCGAUAGCAUUGCCUCCUCCAUCAUCAGCACGAGCAUCAGCUUGAGCCUGCCUUGCAUUGCACCGCACGGCAUCCCACCUCCCUCAGCUUCUGCCUACGCCUGCACCCAGACGCACAGAGCCAAACUCACGGCCGCUUCACCUGCCAAGUACUCCUCCCAGCGCCUCCGACGAGGAUUAUGUGCCAACUGCUUAGCUGCAACCUCCUCCUCCUCUUCCGCCCUGUACUUUCGUUUUUGCAGCUGUCAGGAUCUCAUGCUGCGUCAAGCCAGCCAAAUGGCUACUUACGCAACCUCUUCGACCUAA